CCCGUAGCUUCCUCUCUCCUCCACCCCCAUCCUCCCUCGACCAGCCCUCUUCUUAAACAUCAUGACCGCCUCUACUCUUCCUCCUCCUCCUCUCCCCUCCUCCUCCUCCUCCUCCUCCCAACCACCCCACAAACCCCUCCACGAGCGCUUUCGCUGCUCCGUCUGCAACGCCUCCUACGCCCGCAGCGGCCACCUCCGUCGCCAUGAAGUUACCCACUCGGGUGAAAAGAACUUUGUCUGCGAGUUUUGUGGUAGACGCUUCUUCAGAGUGUACGUCUCUUCUUCCUCUUCUCUCUACUCCUCUUCUCUCUGCUGACAUCACCCAGAGACACCGCCCGUCGCCACGCCG